UCUUGCAAACCCUUGAAUUGUAGUUUUAGUCACGUUUCCUCCAAUCGCUGCAUCGGCGGCCAAAGUUUGCGGUGGUGCCGCUACUUCAUCUACUUCGCUGAGGCAAAUUGAAAUUGUAAAAUGGUGAGUGGGAAGCGACCUUAUGGUCAGAGGGACAAUAAUGGAGACAGUAAGGGCUACAAGAGACGGAUUACUGAUAGAGAUGACUGGGUCGGUGAUGAAUUGGUUGUUUACCGAAUACUGUGUCCAGACGAGGUUAUUGGAAGUGUUAUUGGUAAGAGUGGGAAAGUGAUUAACUCAAUAAGACAAGAAACGAGAGCAAAGAUUAAGGUGGUUGAUCCAUUCCCUGGUGCUAAGGACCGUGUUAUAACAAUAUUCUGCUUUGUCAAGGAUAAGGAGGAAGUGGAUGUUGAUGACGAGUUCUAUGACAGGCGACCAGUAUGUGCAGCCCAAGAUGCUCUGCUUAAAGUUCAUGCUGCCAUUGCUAAUGCACUGGCCUCUGCUGGAGAUUUAGAUAAGAAUCAGAGGGACAAGGAACAAUGCCAAAUUCUUGUCCCUUCAAGCCAAUCUGCUAAUGUUAUUGGUAAAGCAGGAUCGACUAUAAAAAAGCUUAGAGGCAAGACAAGAACCAGUAUAAAAAUCAGCCCCAAGGAUGCCACUGAUCCCAUUCAUUCGUGCGCAAUGGAAUUUGAUAAUUUUGUCAUGAUAGCUGGUGAACCUGAGGGAGUAAGACGGGCUUUAUUUGCAAUAUCUUCAAUCAUGUACAAAUUCCCACCCAGAGAAGAGAUUCCUCUUGAUACGACUGUAAAUGAGGCCCCUCCUAGCAUAAUUAUCCCUUCAGAUGUCCCUCUGUAUUCUGCAGGAGGACUAUAUCCAAGUGCAGAUCCCAUUCUUCCUCCCAGAUCUAUUCCACCGAUGCUUGGUGCUCAACAUGUCCAGGACAUUCAUGAUUACCCUGACACUGGGAAUACAUGGCCUCUUUAUUCUUCUCUUCCUGUUGUUUCUGGUAUUGGUGGUCAUCCUCCAUCUGAGGAGUUGAUUGUUAGAGUAUUAUGCCCUUUGGAUAACAUUGGCCGUGUCAUCGGGAAGGGUGGGGGUACCAUUAAAAGCAUAAGGCAAGCUAGUGGAUCUCGAGUGGAAGUUGAUGAUUCCAAACGUGAUUGUGAUGAAUGCUUAAUUACCAUCACGUCAAUUGAGUCUUUAGAUGACCUGAAAUCAAUGGCUGUUGAAACUGUUUUGUUGCUGCAAGAAAAGAUCAAUGAUGAUGAAGGUGGCACAGUGAUUAUGCGACUACUUGUUCCAUCUAAAGUUAUUGGUUGUAUUAUAGGAAAAAGUGGUUCAAUCAUCAAUGAGAUUCGUAAGACAACUAGAGCUGAUAUCCGUAUUUCUAAGGGUGACAAAAUUAAGUGUGCUUCUGCCAAUGAUGAACUUGUGGAGGUAAGUGGUAAAGUUGGCAGCGUGAGAGAUGCAUUGGUCCAGAUUGUGUUAAGGCUUCGCGAAGAGGCUUUGAAAGAUAGAGAAGUUGGUUAUAACCCUGCUGUCUGUACCGAUUCCAUGUACCAUUCUGGUUCCAGUUUUUCGAUGCCGUCUGUCUUGCCUUCUGUUUCUCCUGGUGCUCCACCAAUGGGCUAUGAUCAGAGGGCUGAAAGUGGAAGUGGAUUGGGCGCUCUCUCUUCAAGUAGCCUAUAUGGAUAUGGAUCACUGUCGAUGGGAGACAGUGGCUAUGGAUCCAUGUCCUCGUAUUCAUCCAAGAUGUAUGGAGGGCUGCCUCCCCCAUCGGCUCUUGAGAUGUUGAUUCCAGCUACCGCAGCUGGUAAAGUAAUUGGAAAAGGAGGGGCUAAUAUCGCUAACAUUAGGAAGAUAUCAGGAGCGUUGAUUGAGAUUUCAGACUCUAAUUCAUCUCGAGGUGAUCGUAUUGCUCUAAUAUCUGGCACAUCUGAACAGAAGCGCGCGGCAGAAAACUUGAUUCAGGCAUUUAUUAUGGCUACAUAAAAUGGAAGAUGACUACAUGUUUGGAGGUGACUAGAUGAAAAUCUUCCAUUUCUGUUCAUCCUCGGUAGAUCUCCCUAGGUUCAGUUCUGGAGAGGGUGCCUCUUCUAGCCUCCAAAUUCUCUGAGUUUUUCCCUUCAAGUGCUUGUCAGGAUGUGGGAGGAUCUACAGAAGGCUCAUAUCUAGGGUUCCUAGAGCUUUUGUUUCUUAUUCUAUUCUUCUUCUGUGGAUUCUUAGAACUUUUAGGAUCUUUCCUUUCAUACUUGUAUGUCUGGCCUUAUCUUUUAUCAAUUGGGACUUCAUCUCAUUUCCAAUGCUGUCGUACUCAUAUUAUAUGAUGAUUAUGCCAGAUGAGUUCCAGGAUGGUCGUUAUCUCAAUCUUAUAACUGUUCACAAUAUUUUUCUGUCCACUUUUUCUCCUACUCAGUUUCUUGGUGGACGAAGAUCUCAAUCUUUGAUCAUUAUUCUCAAUGCAGUUGGUAUUGCUCUUACCUAUUAUAGAUCUUUAACUAAGACAAUUAACCUCAAUAGAAGAGAGAUUGUUUCGAGAACUAAACUAAAGUUGUCAUUGGAGAAGUUUCUCUCUUGAUUCCUUGUUCUGUACUUCAUAUGAUCGUUCCUUAUAUUUUAGUAGGUUGGUGCUAAAUAGCACCAUAAAUUCUGCGUUUUUUUACCUCUGUUUGAUAAUUUGUCUUCUUUUGUGUCCUUUAUUAACAGCCAAUUCCAUGUUUUAUGCUCUAUAGACAUCUGCUGGCCCUGAGAUUCCUUGGAUAUGUAGUAGCUUCAGGGUGUGAGUAGGUUCAUUCCCUGAAUAAUGAUUCCCUAAUAAUAUGAUCCUUCCAUUUUCUUGAGAGAACGACUUUGAGACCAUUGUCAUUGGAAGAGAGGAUUUGUUACUCUUCACUUCUGGAGGGAAGUUUCUUCGAAUGUCUUAGUUGAUGCUAAAGUGUACUAGUUGAUGCUGAAGUGAUGUUUGGCAUGAGCUCUAUCUCCUUAUAUGUCUUGAAAACAAGGGCCUUUUCCAUUAUAGAAGAUUUUCGUUUUUUGAAGAAAACUAUUUUAAAAAUGGUUUUCACAGUGUUCUCAGAGUUGUGUUUUGGAAGGAUUUCUUCUUUGUUGUUCCUGUCAACCUUUUUCUCAACUCGAGCAGAAAGGUUUUUUAUACUUUUUACACCGUUCUUUUUCAAAUCUUGCAUACAACCUAAAACAAAUUCUUACAUGCAUACACACAAACAUUUCUGUUACCUUUCUAAACUCAUCUUUUGUCUGCUACUAUUUAUGAAUUAUCCAAUUGCUAAAUGGUUAUAGUUAGCCUUGAAAAAAUAAUCAAGAGGUUUGAAAUGACAGUACUUUUCAGUUUUCUGUCCCUGGAAAUUCCUUUUGAUAACAUUCUUUCAUUUCCUCUCUUCUGAUGACAUCCUUUCAUUUCCAGCCAAUAAAAAUUACUAGUGUCAAGAAGGCAUUAUUGAUGAAUGAUUGGUUACUGGUUAGGCGCACUACAGUAGGGUAUUUUAGAGAUUCAGUAAAAUGUUACCAAAACCUUGGAUCAUCUUGUGUAGAUUCUUUAAUGCCUUCCAAGGAAUUUGCCUUUAGGGUUGUUGCUUAGUCAUUCCUAUCGAUAUCAUGGGAAGAAAUCAUACGAGUACAUGCAACCAAACCAUAGAACCAUUUUAAGUUUGAAGCAUCUCCCUAGUUUAUUCAUGGAAAAAUUGCUUCUGUUAAAUUGACUACACCAAAUUAUCUCACUUAUGAUUAUCUAAUGUUUGCCUGAGCGUCCACCCUGUUGAAAAUUCUAUGAACCGUUUGGAGCAUAUAGGUUCAUAACCAAAAACCAUUGAGUUUUGAAACCGGUGGGCUGCUUGGUUGGAAUAAAAAACUCAAGGUUUCUGAAGCCUGUGUUUGGAGUGAAGGGUUGAGUUUGGUUAAUUUGCUUCUUUUGCCACCCUAAUUGUUAGGAUUUUUUCAAUCCCCAAUUUUGUGAUCCUUUAUUAUGUUUUUUUGGUUAGAACCCUGAUUGUGCCCUUUGAGAAGUCUGAAUAUCUUGAGAAUAGAAAGGUCUGGAAAAAUGGGAGAACAUUGGAUGAAAAAUUCUGUGUAGCAAAAUGCAGUCUUGAUUAACCUAGGGAUGCUGGAUCAUGUUGUAAGACCCAUAGUGAAUUCUUGAUUUUGAUAUCAACUUCAAAUUCCAUU